CCGGACAGUUUACAGCAGACAGCAGCUCUUCCUCUCUGUGGCUCUUCUCUUCUCUCUCUCCUCAGAUCCUCAGAGCGAUGACACCUGCGGGAUGUUUCUGUGUCUGUAGCGGAGACUAGACUCGUCUGCACAGCCAACAUGAAUGAGAUGAAGAUUGUAGUGUUGGGCAGUGAAGGUGUUGGCAAAUCAGCUCUUAUCGUCCGUUUCCUCACCAGGCGCUUCAUUGGCGAGUACGCUUCCUCUUCAGAGUGCGUGUACAGGAAGUGUGUGUGUGUGGAGGGAAGGCAGGUCCACCUGGAGCUCUAUGAGCCCUGCUCUCAGGCCUGUGAGGGUAAGUCUGCGUUAAAUGACCAGAUCCGCUGGGCUGACGGUUUCAUUUUGGUCUACGAUAUCAGCGACCGCUCCUCCUUCCUCACCGCCAAAGCCUUAUUGCGUCUAAUCCGAGAGCUGCACCUUGGAUCGACCAAAAGGAAUGUAGACCCGCUCAUAUUUCUGGUGGGAAACAAGCAGGACCUUUGCCACAUGAGAGAGGUGCAGCGCGAGGAGGCCCAGCGUCUGGCCGCGGAGGCUCACUGCCAGUUCUACGAGCUGUCGGUGGCUGAGCACUACCAGGAGGUGGCGCUCAUAUUCUCCAAGAUGGUGCAAAGCGUCAGCCGGGGCUGCAAGGAGAGGAGGAGGAGGCGCCCGAGCGGCUCCAAGUCCGUGGCCAAGCUCAUCAACAACGUCUUCGGCAAGAGGAGGAAAUCAGUGUGAGGCGUCAAACACAAGGACAGCUGUCAGUCGAGGUGCAAGACAACAUAUAUAAAGUAGCUUGCCCCAACUUUAAAUAGAAUAUAAUCUAAUAAUUAACAUGUGUAUCACGGUUCCGUCAUCCUGUGGCGACAUGAGACUGUGAGAGAUCGUAUCACAGACUCGUCUUUGGUUUCAGGACCGUCACAACCUUUCUAUGUAGACUGGUGUCAGUGUGAUAAUACAGUAGUACGCAUAUUUUCUGAGGCCUGCUUCCUGCUCCUAAUUCAUGCUUUUUGCUCUUGGAGGCCUUUAAUGAGACACUGAAGCAUUUCAGCAACAAACUUUAGGGAAAACGUUGGUGACAAGCUUCAAUCCAAGAGAACCAAAUCAUGUGUGAGAUGUCCUGUCACUGUGACGUCAUGUAUCGAAUCUGUCAUAAGUGACGUCACGUAUCGAAUCUGUCAUAAGUGAUGUCAUGUAUCGAAUCUGUCAUAAGUGACGUCACGUAUCAAAUCUGUCAUAAGUGACGUCACGUAUCGAAUCUGUCAU